AAAAAACACACUCACACACACACUCAAAAAUGACGGAAAAGAGAACAGUAAGUAAAAGUGAAAAAAUAGUGGGUCCACGCGACAAAAUAGUAAAUUGGAGAUCCACAAUAGGCGUCUGUUCAUAGAGGAAGUGCAAAUUUGGUGUCGGGAGUCUGGGUUGCAUGUAGAUGGGGAAGAUUAGAAUGAAGGUAUCAUCUGCUAGGAUUAGGCGUUGUUGGUGGUGACAUCGUUGAUGUUUAGGAGGGAAAGUGUGGGAAAUACAGUAUGAGUCAAAGAGAGCUCCAUCACCACACGCAGAGAUGAUGCUGACAGGAAACCUCCAAUCCAAAAGACAAAAGACAGAUGGAGCCUAUAGACAGACGAUCCACCCCAGAAGAUCCACAUACUAGACACAGUCUGGCAUGCAAGAACCAAGAAGUGUUAUGACUGUUGCAGUCACUGAAGACAUUAAUUUCGGAGAGCGAUGAAGUCAGAUACAUGUCUUCGAUAUAGGACAUAUUCCUGCCCUCAUUGGUAGUUGGAGGGAUUUGAGGAGUGGCAGAGGUAACUGCUCUAUUUAGAGGAAUGGAAAAGGGAGACUUUGAACUAAAGGAAAUGAAAAAGAUUGAAAAUAGGCAGCCAAACAGAAAAGGUCCAUGGCUGUAUUAUAUCACAUUAAUACUAAUAUUAUUUUUUAACGUAAACACAAAGUUGAUAAUCCUCAAAACACUAAGAUAUCAAACUAAGUUCACGUAAAGCAGCCAAGCUUAAAUAAUUUAUUUUUCUAAUAAAAAAAAGAGCAAAAAUUAAUAUCACGUGAACAGAGGAGUUUCUACACUGUCGCUCGGCCUGCUAGAAAUAGCAGCCAAAUCGUCCUUAACUUAUCCCCUACCAAAAAAAAAACGAAAGGGAUGGGGUGCAUGUCCGACAUCUCCGCGUUAAUGGUUGAAAUUUCAUUCCCACUGUGUUAUAUAUUUCAGUUUCAACACAUGAUCUCAAAUCAAAUCCUUCGUCAAACAUACAUAACUUCGAAAUAUAUAAAAGAAAAAUAAACUUGAGCCAGCAACUGUCACUUUAAAAUGGAUAAUAAACAAAUUUAUCUCCCUUCAUGUGUUGGAACUCUCCAAUAAGCGAUUACUAUUAUUGAGGCGCUUCAUUCAAAUUUCAAAACUGAGCGACAAAAGUGUUUGAGACGGUUUGAGUGGAAAGGAGUUAAAAUGAGUUUAAUGGAUGAAUUAGUAUCAGCAGGGGUUGACUCAAAUGAGUUUUUGGGCAAUCCUCUGAAGCAUGACGAUUUUGUUGCAACAAAUAAUUUGGAUGAUUCUUCUUUGUCACAUUCAGUUUGUGAGGACUUUACAGUGGACUUAACUGACAUGAAAGAUAUUUACGCAAGCAGUAGAUGUAAAAAUUUAUAUGGUAAUGUUGACACAACUAACAAAAAUAAUUCUGUUUUGUUUGAAAACUGUGCCAUGAAUUUGGAGCAAGAACUUGAACAAGCAGUGACUUUAACUGGUUCCUCAAUGGCAACUACUUCAAAUCAAGAGAGCUUUCAAGAAUCCAACCUUGAAAGUAAUUCUUUAAAUGUAAGACAAGAACAAGUGCAUGCUAUGUCCCAGUUAAGAGAGGAAAAUAUAAACCAAGUUCAAGAAAUAAGUAGAACGCCUAAAGAAAUUUUGUCAUCAGAAGAAGAGCUUUCCCAAGCUUUCUCAUCAAAUUCAAAGACUUGUGGAAUUUUAGAGAUGAAUGAAUCAAACAGUGAUAAUAGUUAUAAAAACCAAGAUGGUUGCAAUAUUGAAAACUAUGAUGGUAACAUGAAGAAUUGUGACAGUGAGGACACUAGUAACUAUGAGAAUAGGGUUAAGAAGAUUCCUGACAUUGAUGCUGAUAAUUAUGUUAGUGAUAAUGAGUGUGGUGAUGAUAAUAUUGUUGAUCAUGAUGUUAGUAUUAAAGACUAUGACCCUGAUGAUAUUGCUGAUUAUGUUAAGGAUAACAAGGGUCAAGAAAAUAACGAAAUUCAUUACUAUAGUAUUAAAAACCAUACCAACAAUAACAUUGUUAAUUAUGAUAGUAAUAUUAAGAGCUAUGAUAAUACUAAUGUCAAUGCAGAUCACUCAGUUACUAAUAUUAAAGACCAUGAUGGAGAUAAUAUUGGUAAUGAUGUUACCAAUGAUAGUAAUGACCAUGGAGAUAAUGAAACUGGCAACAAUCAUAACAAUGAUUAUGGGGAUGAUGGCUCCAAAUUCUUAUGUGGAAAUUUAGUUGAUGAAUAUGAUGUUACUGCAGAGACAGACAAAGAUAUUUCCAGUGUUGUAAAUAACUUCAGUCUUGAAAGAAACGUGGAAAAAGAAUGUACUUUGAUAAAGGAUGAAAUUAAUGAUGGAAACAGUUUGGGAUGUCAUCAUAUUGAUACAGAAAAGUCAAGACUUUCUACUGAAAUUGCUGUUAAUGUUGAUAUGACAGAGAGUCCUACUAAAAUCGCCAAUGAUGUGGAUAUGAUAAAGACCAGGUCCCCUACUGAAAUUGACCUUGAUGUGGAUAGGAUAGAGACUGAAUCCUCUACAGAAAUUGACAUUGAUGUGGAAAGGAUAAAGACUGAAUCCUCUACAGAAAUUGACAUUGAUGUCGAUAUGAUAAAGACUGAAUCCCCUGUCAAAAAUUCUAACACUGUAAAUAGUUUUACUGCUGAAGAAACUCUCAAUGCUAGUAUAAAGACAGGGCCAGCUUACAAAGUUACCGUUGACUGUAACAAUGCAAACAGUGCAACAAUGUCAUUUAUGAAGAGCGAAACUGACCAUACAAAUAAAAGUGUAGUUGAACAAUCGGCACAGGAUUCACAGUUAGAGGUCUGUGAAACAUUUGAAGAUUUAUAUCUGCAAGAAAAGUUUUUAAAGAAAGAGAGAGAAGUGGAGUCUUUAACAAAGCAGUUAGAUGAUAAACAAAAAGUGAUUCAUCAGGCUGUAAAUUUUGGUAAGCAACUUCUUGAAGAAAAUGAGGAACUCAAAGAAAAAGUGGACAAACUUGAGCAGAAAAUUAUUACAAUUGAUGAGGAACUGAAAAAUGAGAAACAUUCUACAAAAUUCAAGUUAGAAUCCAAAGAGUACAUGGAAAAGCAAUAUAAUGAAGAAAUUUCGCUGCUCCAAAAUGAAAUAACUCAAUUCAAAAAAGAGGUGGAGUCAUACCAGAAACAAGAAGCUACUUUGAAAAGAGAAUUGAGAAACAAAGAUGACUUACUUGAACAGUCAAAUUUAAAGGAAGAACAAUUAACUACAACAAUUAAAAAUUUAGAAAAACUGCUCCUUGAGAAAACUGAAGAAGUUUCACAUUAUCCAUCUCAAAGUUUAUGCGAUGAUAAUCAACAGCAAGUUGUACUGGAAAAAGAGGUGUUAGAACUUCAAACUGAAUGUACAAAUUUGAAAGCUCAACUUAUCAGCAGUCAUGCUAACACAAAUCGAGUGGAGGAGGAGUUGUUGAGGGUUAAAAGAAGACUUGAUGAAAAACAGCAAGAAUAUGAAGAAGUAAGAAGUGAAAUGAACUCCUAUCAAAAAACUCUUGAGAUAUCUCAAAGAGAAAUCCUUGACUUAAAGGCUCAGUUGUAUGCUGCUCAGAUUGAGAACAUGAAUCGGCAAGACAGAGGCAAUUCUCUUUUCUCUGAAUUGGAAGAUCGCCGAAUUUCUGUUGAAAAAACAUUAAUGGCUCUACAAGAAAAUUACCAAGUCUUGAAAGAGAAAUAUAAUUUGGAAAAGCAACAAAAUUAUAAACUCAAAAUGCAAACUAUGUCAUUAUAUCAAAUGAACUCCAGCAAAGGAAAUGAAACUGAACUGGAGUAUCUCAAUUGCAAGCUAACACAAUCACAGCAUGAGAUUAAACAGUUGCAAGAAAAAAUUAAACACAUGGAAAAGCAUGAGUCACAACAGAUUGACAAACUAACAGAUAUUCAAAAGACAUUUGGAACCAAAGAAAAUCAAGGUUUAAUCGACUUUUUGAAGUCUUUAAAUGAUAAAAAACAGAAUGACUUACAGGCUACUCAAGAAAGACUAAACAAUCUAGAAAUGCAGUAUAUACAAGAAUCACAUCAAGUUAUUGACUAUAUCAAGAAAUUACGUCUGGCUGAAGAGCAGAUAGAGGCUUUAAGUUACAGAAACAUGAAGUUGAAGCUACAAAUUGAUGAACUUCUCUCAAAAUAUAAACCAGAUGAAAUUGGUAAAGUUAGAAAUGACCGGAAAACUAGAACUGAAAAGAUCCCAUUAAGUACUUCAGAGAAUAUUCCUGAAAAAUUGAAAUCUCAAAAAGAACCUUGCAAACCGGAACAAAAACUUCCUGCUCAAAACCAAUCAAAGACCAACCGAAGAAAAUUAGAGCUUGCUCGUUAUGGUUUUAUCAAUCCAGUUGAUUUCCUUGAUGGUUCUCCAAAAGCAAAGAAAACAGUCAGCAUGUCUCGUGAUGUUGAAAUAAUUGACCAGAAUGGAAAUAAGGAACAGAAACUUGCCUCAACACCCUCAGCUAUUUCCCAACAAACAAAGAGGAAAUCUAAAGGCAAACUUGCUCCUCGCAAUAAAAUUAUUGAAGUAAAAGCUCCACCUGAUAAUAGUGGAAUGGAAUGUGCACAGCAAUAGAAUAAAAAUGUAAUAUAUAUAUAUAUAUAAUGAAACAUUUCUUUGAAGAAAUUGUAUAUUAAAAUCUAUAUUCACUAUUUUAAUAGUUGGCUUGAGUUUGCCAAUAAUGAAACAAAUUUGGUUAAAGGAGAAACUAGCCAAAGUUACGCUAAUAUGUGUCAAAACAGAGCAUAAGUAUUUUGUCUGAUAAAAGGAUGUUGCCGAUCACUUCAAAUUCAGAAAUUUGAGAGAAAGUUGAACUGUUGAUAACUAUUGUAGAUAUGGUAUGAAGCUGCACAAGUGCUUUUUGUAAAUUAAAUGUAGGUUUAUAAAAUCGAUUUUACAUAAUAAAUUUAAAUUACCAGGAA